AGACAAACACCACACGUGAAGUUGAGGAGACAGGUCGGAGCACAGGAACUGUGACACAUCCUGGGUCUACUGUAAAAUAAGUUUAAAACAUCUCCUUAUGACAAGAGACCAAACUUCUUUUGGAUAAUUCAACAUAAUUUUUGCAAACCAGUCUAAGACACCAAGUUGUUAUUAAGCCUGUGCUCUGAAACAACUAUUUUUAUACUUCCAGCGCAGAAUUCCCUCGAUCUUAGAUGAGGUCUUCAUAAAAUAAUGCCACCACUGAAACGAGGCUGUCUGCAGCUAUUACUGAAGCUCACAGUUGCACUGGGGUCGCUGUGGACUCUUUAUCUAGUCGGUCAGCUGAAUACAGCUGGGGACCUUGGUUUCAUCCACAUGCACAGAUGGCUGGAGUACACAGAUGAUGAUGGUGGCUUGGAAAAAUUGUGCAACUGUUCAGCAAUCAUGCAAGGAGAGAAGGAAGCACUGGAGGAGACCAAAUUACUGGCUCUUACCAAAGAUUUCCACAAGAAAAUUCAGAUCCCUGAUGAGUUUUACAUUAAUGAAACCCAAGACUGCAGAAAUUUCAAAUUAAAGAGAAAAUACAUACCGAUUCCACUGAGCAAAGAAGAGGCAAACUUUCCUUUGGCUUUUUCUAUGGUUGUUCAUCACAAGGUGCAGAACUUUGAACGACUUCUGCGAGCAAUCUAUGCACCACAAAAUAUUUACUGCGUCCAUGUGGACAAAAAAUCAAAGCCCUCUGUAACCGCAGCCAUCCAAGCCAUUGUUUCCUGUUUCCCCAACGUCUUCCUGGUCAGUCAGGCUGUGGAUGUGGUCUAUGCUGGUUGGCCACGUGUACAAGCUGACCUGAACUGUAUGGCUGAUCUUUAUUCUGCCAGUACAAAAUGGAAGUACUUCAUCAACCUUUGUGGUCAGGACUUCCCUCUGAAAACCAACUUGGAAAUGGUGAGAAUGCUGCGUUCACUGAGGGGCAGUAACAGCUUGGAGUCAGAGAACAUACCUGCAGUAAAGAAGUGGAGGAUUUCAAGAGUUCAUAAAAUUGUCAAAGGACAAAUUAGGAUAACAAAUAAGUUGAAGGAUCCACCUCCCUUUAACCUGCCCAUCAAGUCAGGAAAUGCCUACAUUGUGGUCACUCGAGGUUUUGUCCGCAGUGUGUUGGAAAACACUCAAAUAAGAACGCUUAUUGAGUGGUUCAAAGACACCUUCAGUCCUGACGAGUUUCUGUGGGCAACCAUUCAACGUAUGCCCAGUGUUCCUGGCUCAAAGUGGCCAAACAGUAAAUACGACCAGUCGGAUGUUAAUGCCCUUGCACGACUGGUGAAGUGGCAUGGGCAUGAGGGGUCUUGGGAUUCAGCGUCAGCAGUGUAUCCAGAGUGUCAAGGCAAACAUGUCAGGGAGAUUUGUGUAUAUGGAGUUGGAGAUGUACAAUGGCUGCUUGAGAAUCACCAUCUCUUUGCCAACAAGUUUGACACAGAGACUGACCCCUUUGCUGUCUACUGCUUGGAAAGAUAUCUCAGACACAAAGCUCUGACUGAGUCAGUAAGGAAAGUUUUUCAUGGUAUCCAUCAAUGACUCGGGGAGGGAAAAAAAGCAUGUGCACAAACACAAAAAAUGCAAAUAAGGGCAGGAGAACAGCAAGAAUUCAUAUAGGGAAUAUAAUAUUUUUAA